CUUACGUCAUGCAGGAAGUCUGCAUCCUUUACCCGGGUAGUAGUAGGGGUAGUGUUCACGAAAAUGCUGCUAACAAGGUUCCCGUUGUUAAGGGCCGCCUCCUUCGCUACUAGAGCUAUGACCAUAGCAACCACAUCCAGCCAUGGCAUGGCCCCCGAUAUGGCGGAAGGAAACUCGCACUUGCUCGUCAGCAAUGUCAGGAACCGUCUGAGGGAGAUUGUGGGAGCGUCAACCAACUGGAGGGAUCACCAGCAGGCUCUGGCAGAGCGGGCAUCCCUGGGCUCCCAUCUGGCCCCCUCACAGGAUGCGCUGCCUGUCCGUCGCAUGCAGGACAGUUUGGUUGAGGUGCACCUGCCACUGGGCACCGAUCCCAGCCUGAGGGAAAAAUACCUGACAUUUCACGACACCGUCAGGUUUGGCCGGAUCCUUGAGGACCUGGACAGCUUGGCAGUACUGAUUUGUUACUCCCACACAAGGAACAAGGCACAGUCAAGGUCACCACUGUCCAUUGUCACCGCCCUAGUGGACAAGAUUGAUAUGAGGAAGAACAUCAUCUAUCCAGACUGUGACAUAAAGUUCACAGGUCAUGUGACAUGGGUGGGAAAGUCCUCCAUUGAAGCCAAGAUACAUAUGUCUCAGUUCCAUGAUGGGGCCUACAGUGCUGUCCUGGAUGCUACAUUUGUCAUGGUGGCACGAGAUCCGGAAAACAAGAGGGCUGCGUUUGUCAACCCUCUGAAACCUGAGGGGCCAGAGGAAGAGAAGAUCUUCCAGGAGGGAGAAGAGAACAAAAAGCGACGUGUGGACCUCAGUACUGCCUCCCUCCUGAAGGUGGCGCCCAAGCUCCUGGAGCGAGAGCUCGUCCACAGCCUCUUUCUGAACACCCUGGACUCCAAGACAGUGAGCUUCCGCAGCCGAAUUCUGCCCCCCGACUCGGUGUGGAUGGAGGAUGCCAAACUGAAGGGACUAGAGAUCUGUCACCCUCAGGAGAGGAAUAUCUUCAACCGCAUCUUCGGCGGCUUCCUGAUGAGGAAGGCGUAUGAGCUGGGCUGGGCCAAUGCCUGCUACUACGGAGGCUGUCGUCCUAAUCUGGUCGCGGUUGACGACAUCCUGUUCCAGAAGCCAGUGGAAAUUGGCUCGCUGCUGCUUCUGUCCUCACAGGUUUGCUACACAGAGGGCAAGUACAUCCAGGUCAGAGUUCACACAGAGGUCCUGGACCCUGAGACGCGCCAGCACAACACUACCAACGUAUUCCACUUCACCUUCAGCUUCCCACAGGAUGUGCGGGCAGUCAUCCCAAAGACGUAUGGAGAGUCUAUGCUAUAUCUGGACGGAAAGCGGCACUUCUCGCAGGAGCACUGAGGUCAUCUCUACCUCCAUUCAAGCCUGGAGGCACCUCCGUCUUCUGCCACUAUAGGCAAACAUUUGCAUGGACCUGCUUUUAUUUAGAGCUUUAUCUUCCACAGUUGGGUGGGGGGGGGGAGGAAGCAGGAAGUGACACUCCUGCUUGGGGACAGUACCUCUGUUACCCCUUUUCCACUGCACUGGUACCAGGGCUGAAGUUGGGAAACAGCAAGAAUGGGCCGGCAUUUCCACUGACUUGAGAGCCCAGUGGGAGCUGGGCGGCGACAUCACAAACCAUGCCUACUACACAAAGUAACUUUUCACAUUGCUAAAAGAGCUUUAAUUUGUUCAGCAGCCCGCACAAUUAUGGCACUGGAAUGGUACCAGCACCAGUGCAGUGGAAAAGGGGUUUGUCAGAUGGAUACUCAUGAAUGUCAAGGGACAGCCCCCCCAGCUCAAGCAGAGCAUCCAUAUUCCCGAGAUGGUUUACUGACACCACAUAAAAGCUGCCAAGAAAUUUUACACCUUUUACCAUUUUUUUUUAAUUAAAUUCAAUUUGUUA